AUGGCAAGAAAGAGAAAGUCUUGUGAUUUUGUAGAUGAUCAAGAAAAACUCAACCCCGGGGAGGGACACCUAUCCUCCAACUGGGACGAGAUGGUCAAGGAGGCGGCAGCCGGGGCCGCGCUGGGCGGUGUCAGGCGAGCGCGCAAGCGUUUCGUGGGGGUCCGCCAGCGCCCCUCGGGGCGCUGGGUGGCCGAGAUAAAAGACACCAUACAAAAAAUAAGGGUAUGGUUGGGCACAUUUGACACCGCAGAGGAGGCUGCCCGUGCCUACGACGAGGCGGCCUGCCUCCUCCGCGGGGCCAACACUCGAACUAAUUUCUGGCCCACAAAUUCAAAUUCUUCAACAACUCCCGCCCUCUCCUCCAAAAUCACCAACCUCCUACUCAGUAGGAUCAAGGCACGUAACAGUGCCUUGAUCGCUACUAAUUACAUAACUACCCUGCCUUCGUCCUCGCCUAUGUCCCCCACUCCGCCAAUUGGCAACGAAGGCGGCGUGCAACAAAUACCCGACUACUCGGAAUCAAACUUCACCGACUUCCUCAACGAUCCCGACGAGGAGUACCCCGUCGAAAACAACGUCAUCGAAGCUAGUGAUCACAAAUACGUGAGUUGCGACUCGUUCGCGAUGGAGGCCGGCGACAAGUCAGAAUCGGUCGAGAUUUCAAACGAAACGGAGGUAGGAAACGAGACGAUCCUGGAGCCGGUGGACUUCCAGUUCGUGGACGAGAUCGGAUUGUCGAUCGAGUACUCGGCUUUCGAGAUUGCUGAGGAGAUUUCAAGGCCAAUGGUGCAAGAAGAAGAGCCGGUGAUGCUGAGUGAAGCGAUGAAGAGGAUGAACUAUGAGAGGAAGUUCUCUGCUUGUUUGUAUGCAUUUAAUGGCAUCAACGAGUGCCUCAAAUUAAGCUCGAGUAGGCUCGAUAGAUCUGAUCAGCUCACGAGGCUCAUGAAUGCUUGUCAAAUGAACCGCGAGGAGACGACAAACAACAACAACAACGACGACGACGACAACAGCAACAACGAUGAAACAGCGAGGGAAGACGAGAGUGCGGGUGUUGGCUCCAAUUUUGAUGGAGAAUCAAUGCUGUGGAGCUCCAUCGACCUUCCAACCAUAUGCUACGUUAACUAA